UCUGAGAGAAUCUGACUUGUUUCAGGUGAUCUCGAUUUUGUUUAAUCGAAACCGAAUUUCAAAUACGGCCAAAAAUUGAUUAAUACUUAUUGAUUAUUAUUUAGUAAAUCUCAUUUUCAUUCUUCCAAAAAAGCUAGUUGACACGCAGGUUAAGCGUGAUUAAAAGAAUCUAACGUUUGCUUUUCAGUUAUUUUAAAAUUAUGUUAGUUGGUAGACUAUUAUUUAAAAAACAAAUUAGACAAACUCUGAAACCGUUCGGAAUUUUUGAAGCAAUUUUUUCUUAACCUUCAUCAUUUUCCUCGUGAUUAAGCAGCUAUGUGUUCAACUUCCAUAUGUGAGAUUCCCUCAACAAAUCUUUGGAUUGUGCUUCUAGCAGUUUUCUCUGGGUUGCCACUAUCACAAAUUGUAAUCGGUAUCCUCUAUGAAAGACACUGCAAUGGGGAGAGUGAGUCCUAUCUGGUGGUUUGGAAUCUGGUCAGUGGGGUCUUGCUUCUCCUCGCCCUCCUCAUGGAACUGGUCUACUCUUGCACCAUGCGAGUGGUGCUAUACUACAAACAGAACUUGCCAAUUGGAGGAGGGGUUGAGGAUGGUGGGGGCAAGAGGGCUGUUAGCAGACACCCUAUAGUGCCCAGAAGAGUGGUGUACUAUCCGGCUAUGGUGGUGAUAUUCCAGAUAGCACUCGGAGUCUCAUCUGCACUGGGUCUCUACUCUGUGUUCAAAUACACUUGCACCCCCUUCCUCAACUCCUUCACCACAGCAGCUGUCUACUCCCACUUACUAGCAGUGCUCACUCUGCCCCCCUUCUGCUGUGUGAGCUACUCCUGGCACAGGGCGGAAGAAGAGGAUGCAGUCGCUUUUCUACAUGCAGGAGGUUCUCAGAACUCGCUCAACUCUAACCAAGAAGGAAGAAGUUCCACCAGUCACUUCUACGAGAGAACCACUCUGAGCAGAAAUGACAAUGCCAGUCAAGAUAACAAACACGACCACACCAAGGGGGCAAGAGUGUUCUUACGCGGGGUGAAAAUGGAGAAAAAUAAAGCGUUCCGACACUCAGCGCACAUCCGUCAUUCCUCCAGCAUCGACAACAUGAAAUACCAAUCUGCCUCCAAUGGCCCCUCAACCAACAACCCCCCAAUCUCAGCCAUGAACCCAAACUACACCCUGGAUGCACACAAUGUGACUUCCAGACAUAGAUUCAACACUAUGGCAGUCACAAGCCCCCAAUUUGGAAGGGGAGGCAACAUACCGGGGGGAGGGUUCUACGCAGGUGCUUUCAGCAACCCAGUGAACUCAGGCCAUUAUGAGAAUAUUGACGCCAGAUUAGCCUAUCUGGCAGCUCAGAAAGAUGUGGUGGGUGGAGUGAGUGUGACUCAUCGCGGAGUGAACCAAAGGGGACUGAGGGGGCUGGGAGGAGGUAUUUAUGCAGAAGAUCGGGCGUCACCCAAUCACUACUUGACACCACAGCAGAUUAAUCGAAGUUCGACUCCUAUCGACUUCCCCCCUCUGAGCUCCCUUCAAAAUAACCCGGUGCAGAACAUGAUACGAACAGGAGGGGGCAGCCGAUCUACCCUCCCCUUUCCCAUUGACAUUCCAAGACUUAUUGAACAACAGGUGUUGCAGCAGCAGGAAGCGAUGAGCGCUCAAAAAGAGCUGGUAGGCGCUAUAAUGUCACCAUCCGAAACACUGACCCCAAAUUCAGAUGUGGGACCUAAGCUAGUGCCCAACGGGUCGGCAGUAUGGGUCAAAGAAACUGAAGAAACCAAGGCUGAUGACGAAAGUGAUGACGUCAUCAUGACUCAUGGGGGUGUUGCUGACCAAUCAGAGCGCGAGAACCCGACUGCGAGAGACGACAAUGCUGGCCUAGUUGCGGCUGCGAGCAAACAAGCGACAAAAAAGAUCGAUCGACAAUCUGAUGUUUGAAAAGUGCUUCAAGCUUAUUAAAUAAUACUUGAAAAAGUAACAGAAGUCAUUGGUUCGUUUUUUACUUUGCCCAAAGUAACGUAAGAACGCAUUGUUUUCUAAUUGAAAAAAUAACUUAAACUAAGCGAUGCUGUCGUAUUUAAUUUCAACCUAUCACAUUUUAGCAUUUGAUUCAUGUUUUCAAAUUUUAAGAAAUGAAAUUUUGGGGCGAAUCAAGUAAAAAGACAAGAACUGCUUAUGGCGCUUUUUAAAACUCAAAGUAUAACACCAAAACCAUAAACUGAUAAUGAUGAAGCUGCUUAAAACAAUUUCGAUUGAGUCUUUUCUGUUUUACAAAAACUAACAAAUUGCUCAAGUUCUGCCUUUACUAAUGAUAUUCACUGAGAAUAAGUUCAGACUGAUCAGAUUUGAGCGUUAUGAUCCAAUAGUCUAAAAAUCAAAAAACCAGUUAAUGAGCUUAUAAUAUAAAAGACUAUUUAAAUGGUGCUAUGAGAUCCAGGUCAUAACGCUUUACUCUUAUAUGUUAGUCAUUCGAAAAUACGAGUUAUGGAGUUUAUUAACUAGUAGACCAAUCCGCAAAACAGUUUUUUUUGUUGAAUUAAA